GUGAUAACCCCAGGGUCAAGCGAGCUUUUGCUUGACGUCCACCCGCUGACACUCCACUUUCCCUUCCAUGCCCACAAGUUGAUCCCGUGCACGCUGCACCUAACAAAUAAAACAGAUGAACAUGUGGCUUUUAAUCUUAGUAUAGAAGACGGAAUGGAGUCUUGGCAGCAGAUCUUUGUAAGGAUGCCCCUAAGUGGAAUUGUGCCACCAAAAUCCACUUACACUCUUGUUGUCACAAUGAGGGAGCUGACGUAUCUACCAACACAAAACUUUAAUUUGACCCUGCAGUCUAAUAUAUGCGAAGAUAGGUACAUCUAUUCAUUUAUGAGCCUAUCAGAAUCUGAUCAGUUUUUUGAGGAUUUAAAGGAGAUAAGGAAUGUGGCGCCGCCUCAGGUGAAACUGAAAGCAGUUUUUUCUCUGCAAGGACAGACAACGUUUGAGAACGGAUCGUCAACUGGAGAAAACUUAGUCCAACCUUUAAUUAACAUAUGGACUUUGUUCAACCCUGCCAAGGAUUUUUCUAGUAUGCUGAUCUCUCUAGAUGCUGAUCCAACAGAGUCAUGGGUUAUAACAGGUCACCGCCACGGUGAUGUUGCUUUAUGGAAGCACGGCAUGCAGAAAAUGAUGUCUUUGAUUAACAUAUCGGGAGAAGCAAGCCUUCCUCGGAAUAGCUUGAACACCCAACAUGAUGUUUAUUCCGUUAAAUUCAUUGCAAGGAAGCGGUGGUUUGUAGCCGGGACAUGUGAUGGUUUCAUCCAUGUGUAUAAGUAUGAAACAAGAAUAAUGGACUGCAUAAAGAGAUUCAGAGCAUACUCAUCUGGGAUCAUAGACUGGGGUAUUUGCUCGUCCAGAGCGCUUAUCGUUCAUCCAACCCAGCCAUAUUUGCUCUCUACCUGUGAAGAAAUGAAGCUUUGGGACUGGGACGAUGAUUGGAAGUGCAUACAAAAAUUUGGUAGGGAACACACUGAUUCCAUACUUCAAGUGGCAUUUAGCCCAAAUGACAGUUUUGCCAGUGUUUCAAGUGAUCACACAAUAAAGCUUUGGUGCCUGAAAUCUCCCACAUCAGAGUGUACUCUGCACGGCCAUUCGGACAAAGUGAAUUGCUUGGAUUUCGUCACACAUGAUGGUCAGCAAUAUUUGAUUAGUGGAUCUCAAGACUGUACUGCCAAGGCAUGGGCCUUGAAGGAAAAGGAAUGCGUCCAGACAAUGGAUGUUUUCAUGUCGCCAGUUGUUUCUGUCAUUUCCCUUCCGGACACUCCAUAUAUAACUACAGGUUCAGCAGAUGGCACUAUUCAUUUGUGGAGUUCUGCUAAUUUCAGGCUUGAGAGAAUACUUAGCCUUGGUUUAUGUGGCCCUGUUUGGGAUCUACGUUUGAUUGGGCCAACGAGGCUAGCUCGUCAGCUCCCUCAAAUGAGCUGAUCCAGGUUGACCCCAAAGAGUUGCGCUUCCCGGUUGCCCAAGAGGUGUCAAGCACACUAGAGAUCCGUAACGUUACAGAUCACCAUGUGGCAUUCUGUAUGUGGUCAUUGAACCAUACAGCAAAUUACAUUCCAGUGCCGAACAUAGAAGUUCUAUCACCACAGUCAAUGCGGCAAGUUGUUAUAACAAGAAUUGCACGACGAGAGCCUGUGCCAGCAGACCCCGUCGACGACAUAGUCUAUGUGAAGGGCACUACCGUGGUUCAGGGUACAACGAGCGCAGAUGUCACUUAUGACAUGUUCGAUGGAACAAGGACAGGCCAAAUUCUGCAACCGGCCAUGGAGCUGAAUGUUGUUCUCGUAGCUGACUCCGAGAUCAUACACAAAGCAAGGUUACCAUGGGCCUUAGAUGUGCAUCCAACAAUGCCAUGGAUAAUGAUGGCUCAAGGAGAUUACCAAAUUCGUAUAUGGAACUAUAAGACACGGAUAGAGAAACCUAUUGCUAUCAAGGGGAGAGAAGUUACUUCGGCUAAAUUUAUAAUGCACAAGCAAUGGAUUCUGGCGGGCUGUUCUAGUGGACUUGUCUAUGUGUACCGUUAUGAACCAGAAAAGAAAAAAUCAGUAGAGAAAAUCCGAGUUCUACAAGGACACUCAAAUGCUAUCAAUUCCUUGGCUGUUCAUUCAACUAAGCCAUGCGUGCUGUCAGCAUCCAAAGAUGGCAAAAUUUUGAUCUGGGACUAUGAAAAUGAGUGGGAGUUAAUGAAAACAUUUGAUGUCAAAAGUCCUGUGCAGCAUGUUGCGUUUAGCCCAAAGGACUCCAAUAUGUUCGCCAGUGCCCAGGACAAAACAGUAAAGAUAUGGGAUUGGCAUUCUGGUAACUGCAAGUCUACAUUGUCUGGGCAUUCAGAUUUGGUGUUAUGUCUGGAUUACUUCAGUCAGGGUGAUCAGCUAUACUUGAUCACUGGUUCACGAGACAAAACUGCCAAGAUAUGGGAUUGCAAGACGAGGAGUUGUGUUCGGACAUUGGAAGGGCAUACAGAUGUUGUUAAUGUUGCAUGUUGCCAUCCAGAUCUUCUAAUACUAAUUACAGGUUCAUUGAACGGGUCAGUUCGUCUGUGGGAUUUGAAUCGCUCAACUACGUUCCGAUAUGAGCUCAUAUUUGACCUUGGAGAAGUAUAUGCUAUAGCAAGUUUGAAGGGUACAAGGAUUGUGAUUGGACACGAAAUAGGAUUAGCACUGGUAGACAUAGACCUAGAGGGCAAGAAGGAUGGAUAUGUGAAGAGCAAUGUCGCAAUUAUGGAUUCAAAAAAUGACACAGAUCAAAAUAUGAAAGAGUUAAGCCCAACAGCUUCCUCAAGUGAGGUGCAAAAGGUGUCAAGCAUUAUAGCAUUGGAGACUCUAUACAAAAUGAAGUCAUCAGAAUCGUCUAUAGAUGUCCAUCCAACAGAGACAUGGAUGGUCAUUACAUCCGACAAAUAUGUUCAUAUAUGGGACUACCAUACAAGGGAAGUGAAACAGAUGAUGGAUACUAAGGGAGCGAAAGUCAGAUUGGCUAAAUUUAUAGCCCGCAAGCAAUGGGUUAUUGCGGGUGCUACUAGUGGAUUCAUCUUCGUCUAUGAUUAUGACUCAAAAAAGGAAAUAAUACACGUUUUGUGUAACCACACAGAACCCAUCAAGUCUUUGGCUAUUCACGGAACUGAGCCCCUUGUGCUGUCAGCAUCCGUGGAUGGCAAAAUUUUGCUGUGGGACUAUGCAAAUGACUGGCAUUUGAUUAAAACAUUUGAUGCGAGAAGUCAACGUUUGGUGCAAGUCGCGUUUAAUCCAAAGGACACCAAUAUGUUUGCUAGUGCUCAGGGCAAAACAGUAAAGAUUUGGGAUCGCCAGCAUGAUGAAUGCCAAUACAAAUUAGAUGGGCAUUCACAUCAGAUCGAGUGUUUUGAUUACUUUAGUGGUGGUGAUUUUGAUAAGCUAUAUAUAGUCACCGGCUCUCAAGAUAAAACUGCCAAGAUCUGGGACUGCGAGAAUGCGGGCUGUGUCCAGACACUGGAAGGACAUGCAGGUCCCGUUAGAGCUGUCUGUUACCAUCAGAAUCUCUCGUUAUUAAUUACAGGGUGCUCUGACGGAUCAAUUCAUCUAUGGAACUCCACUACCUUCAGGCUUGAGCAUAAACUGAACUUUGCUGACUUCGGAUUACUGAGUUCUGUAGCUUGUUUGAAAGGAUCGAAAAGGAUUGCAAUCAGAAGCAGGGAAGGAUUAGCACUUGUAGACAUAGACAUAGAGGACAAGAAGGAUAGCGAUGUGGAGAGCAUCACGACUACUGCUUCCAUGAACGACACAGGUCCAAUUACAGAAGAGAACGGAGUGGCAGCAGACCAUAUCUCUGAUGACCACCUGGCGCAGGGCGUAGUAUAUGUACAUACAGAGAUUAUAGGCAAAGUCAAUUCAGCAUGCACCAUAGACGUCCAUCCGACAAAGCCAUGGAUGGUCAUCACUCAAGCUAACAAGUUUGUUCAUGUUUGGGACUACCAUACAAAGGUAGUGGAAUGGACGAUUCAGAUUAAGGGAGCGAAAGUUAGUUCAGCUAAAUUUAUAGCCAGCCAGGAUUGGAUUGUGGCGGGUACUACCCGUGGAUUCCUCCACGUGUACGAUUGCGAAUCGAGGAAGGAAAUACGCCGUCUUUGUGAACACCCGAAAUCUAUCACGUCAUUGGCUGUUGACGAUGAUGCCCUUGAGCUGGUGCUGUCAGCGUCCAUCGAUGGCAAGAUUUUGAUCUGGAGCUACUGGCACUACUAUCACGCACGUAGACGUAGUACCUGGCAUUUGGAAAAAACAUUUGACGCGGGAAGCCAGUGUCUGAAGCAAGUCGCGUUUAUUGCUCCAAGUGUCCAUCGCAGCAGCAGCACUAUCAUCGCUACUGCUCGAGACGGAACAGUAAAGGUUUGUGUGUCAGCAACAUUACUUCAGUUCAGUUCGUUCCUGAAGUAUGCAUGCAUUUGCUUGGUAGUAAUAUAUUGCAGAUUUAGGGCUUGUUCGGUUAGCUCUCAAUCCAUGUGGAUUGAGUGGGAUUGGAUUUGGGAUCCCGAUCGUUCUGACGGAUGCCGUGAGUUCACAUUGGCUGCGGAUUCAGGUCAGAUUGUUGAAUGUUUCGAUUGGUUUAGUCGUGGUACUGAUAUAUACUUGGUCACCGGUUCUCGAGACAACACUGCCAAGAUCUGGGACAUAGAGGAUGGGAGUUGUGUCCGAACACUGGAAGGACACGCAGAUCAUGUUACCGUUGUCUGUUACCAUCCGGAUCUUUCAAUGCUCAUUACAGGUUCAAGGGACGGCUCGAUUCGUCUGUGGAACUCCACUACCUUCAGGUUUGAGCAUGAGCUGAACUUUGACCUCGGGUCUCUGAGUUCUUUAGCUUGUAUCAAGGGAUCAACAAGGAUUGCAAUCGGAUAUGAAAGAGGUCUAGUACUGGCAGACAUUUGCACUCAGGAACAUAGAGCAUGAUCUAUAAAGCGGCAUAAUACCUUGAGAGCGACAGAAUAAAAUCUAAACAUUGAUAAAGCGGCAAAAAUCCCUGGCAAACAUUUGCUGAUGCGAUGGGAUUGCAUCCAAACAUUUUUCUUGGUAAGCUAAUAGACUGCAAUAAGUUUUUCCAUGGACUUGGGAGGUGUCGAUCUGCGGAUAUGCUUUUGUAUGGUUUAAACAUAUCAUCGGAUAGAAAUUUAUACUACUAUAUUAAAAAUUUAAUAUGGACAUCUCGUGCUACUA